CCUGACUUUUCCCCCUCUUCUCUUCUUUUCAUUUUUCUCUUCAUUCCUCAUCUCUCUUUCUCUAAUAUCAUUCUCUCGCUCUGUUGGUAUACCACUACAACGCUGCUCCAACUGUUACUCAAUAAUUUCCACCCCUCACUAGCUCCGGAAUAAUAGCUACCCACCACACAACACCCACCACGGUCGGAUCGGACGGGAUCGGACUGUCAAAUUUCUCCCUCUUCCAAUUUACCAUCUUCUGUGAACAUCUACGUUCAACAUACUCAAUUAAAUCGAACUCUUAAUCACCUUAAUACAAUCACAAUGCGUGCCACUUUCGCUCUCCGCAAUGCCGCCCACACCCCUCUUAUUCGCUUCAUUGGCAAGCGUUCGGUGCCUCAAUCGGUAGACCAUAGCCCUCGUGCUCACCCCGCUUCGCCCACUGGUGUUCUGCCCGACUCGUUCGCUGCCUACCGCAUCAAGGCCCAGCAGCACGGUCCUCUUGGACGUGCCUCGUUCAGCCAGGGCGCCAUCGGCCGUGUCCCGGGUGCUUCUUUGGGUCCUAUUCAGCCCAAGGAAGGUCAAUUCUUCGACCGUGCUGAGUUGCCUUCCCGCUUCCACCGUCUGCCAUGGUCCGAGGCUGAAAUUGAGGCCAUUGAGACCGGCGGUGCCAGCCUCUGCAACUAAACGAUUUUCGACGUGCGAAUGGGCACGAAUAUGAUGCGAGGGUUGUCUUAUGAUGAGAAUAAUGGUCACUACUGACUGACCAUGGGUUUUUUACGUCGGCGGACACUAGGGGGAGAUGUUGAAUCUAUACAUGGGGCAUGAUAUAUUCGUGAACAGGAGAACGUCAUGCCUGCUACCUUUUUUUUCUGUCUUUGUGUUUCUUACGUUCAAGUCACGGCGCUGGUGGUUAUGUGUUUCUCUUAGCGGUUAUUUUUUAUUUUUAUUUUUUUUUUUUGGUUUCAGGAAUGUCUUUUAUGCUACUUGGGCGCACAACUAUCGGAUGGUUUUUCCAUUUGUGAUGUACAACGGGAGGAAUGCCAGGGUUUACAGAAUCGCGUACUUACAUUCUUAGCGAAAAUCUACUGAAAAGUUUGCUUAAUGCAGUUGAUUGCACAUGUCUCAGAAAUAGGAUCCCAGAUCCCAGUCGAAACCGUUAACCG